AUGACAGAGAAGCGAAGCCGUAGGGCUUCUCUGUUGGGAUCCCUUCAAGUCCUUCGAAGCAAGACUCGCGGUGAAAAGCACACUUAUCAGCGACUGGGCAGCGAGAGAGACAGCGGUCCAAAGGACAAUGGCAAAGCUGGACGCGUUCUCUCAUUUGGCUCAUUCAUUCCUAUCAAGAAUGAAAGCUCAAUCCUGAACUCGCUCAGAGGAAAGGGUCGCGACUCUCAGAUACACGAAGCAUGGGAUUCUCAUCGUCAAGUCUCAAUGCCCCUACCUACCAAGUCAUCCUCAUUUGGCUCUGAAGAUUCGAACGAAACAACAGCCAGCAAUGGGAAAUCUUACAGAAAGAUCAAGAUAUCGAUCCGCCGUUUGACAGCAAGAGCUAGUCCUUUUUCCUCUCCACCAAGCAGUCAGACGUCUUCGAGAUCCACCAGUUUCACCGGCUCAACUUUGACCUCAUCGUCCAAACACAAGUAUUCAAAGAUUCCAGUCCGCACUGAACAUCCGUUCAAUGGUAUUUACUCUCGCGAAGCGUUUCAAAAAGAAGGUAAACGGAGCGUGCUGUCAUCACUGAGCAGGCGUUACAUCAAUCUCAGACGGAACGUGAGCAAGGAUGAAACCAAGUCUAUCUCAAAUAUUGGAAAGAAAGAAACAGAAGAUGGAGAGCUUGAUAUUCCUACUCCUCCUCGGCUGGUCAAAAUAGCUCAAACCGUUCGAUAUGUCCGACCUACCGAACCUGUGCGAGUUUGCCGAAUCAGUAGACCUGUCCAGGCAGUGCAAGUUACCCAAUCUACUCAGCCUACCCAGCCCGUUGUGCCUAUUGAGCUUGCCAAAUCUGCCGAGAAUGUCCAAGCGACUGCUGAAACUGCUUCAGUCUGUCAAAAAUGUCUGGAACAUAAAUCCAAGCAAACCGAGAUGGUCGAGCAGCGCUCUGAGAUUGCGUUGGACUCAUCAUCGAAGAAACUUCGUUCGUCAAUCCCACAAACUAGUUCCUCUUCAUCUUCAAAGGCUGCAUUGAUCCAAUUGGCUUCUCCACGCAGUUCUAUACCGGUUCCUGCUAAAGUCAGAUCUCCUGCAAAGCCAUGCGCUCCUGCCUUACAAGGUGGAAGAAAGGCGCCAGAGGAGCAAGGAAUAAACAAGAAUGCAAGAGGCAGCGCCAUCCCUGUUCCAAACAAUGCCACUGGCCUGAAUGUCAAGAAAGUACGAUUCAGCGAACCUCUUCCACCAAGGCAGCAGACCUUCACUCACCGUCAGUUGUCCGACAACCAGCCCGCCUUCAUAUACAAGAUAACGAAUCGCACCUUAAGAAGCACGAGCGACAUGCAGCCGAAGAAGCUGCGGAUGAGCAGAGGGUUCGCCAACCUGAAGGCCCUUCAGAUUGAAGAAGAGGUCAUUUCACAGCUAGCAUCCGAUGACGACCAAGAGCAGAGCGUUUCCAAACCAAGCCAACAGUCCGAGCAAACUGCAAAUGUGCCAACUACCAGAAACAAGGAUCGCACUCAGAGAAUGGUACUGCCCAGCGAUGAUAAUCACACCAGCAGAAUCCCAGGCAACAAGCAGAGAACGCUGACCACGACUACUCCUGCUGGCUUCCAGGUAUCCGAGGCACAGCCUCGUCAGUAUUGGCUUGGCCGUUUCAUGACCCUCACCAACGCGUUCCACUACGAAGAUUCUUUCAACGAGCCCGAUAUCGCCACUGGAUUUGGCAUGCUGUCGAGCUACUCCCGGCCUCUGGGUCACCCCGAUGCGAACCUUGCGAACUAUCGUGUCAAGCGUGCCUUCAUGGUUCUUGAGAAUGUCUGCGUGACGGAGGAGGCGUCUGCUAGUCUGAGAGAGUUCAGAGACGAGUAUAUUGCUAUUCAUGGAGAUCGUUGGAUGUUGUGA